UCUCCCACAUAUUGUCUCAUCCUUUUUUUGUUAUUGUUUUAGCGACAGUAGAAGAGAGAGAGAGAGAGUAAACCAAGAGCGAGAUCCGCGAGCGCGAGAACCCCAGGAGUAGUGCGCAUCACACGGAUACCCAUGCACACACGGGACCACCCCACGGGUUGACGACGAAGGCGAAGGCGUUGGCGACGAAUAUACUACGACGACAACAGCAACAACCACGAUGAUGAUGAUGAUGACGGGGGUGAUGAUGACGGUGAUGUCGGCCAACGGUCGGCCUGUUGAAGAAUGUACAAACCCCGAGCAUCAGUCGCUGAUGCCGCCAACGAACCAAACGAUUCAUUAACACGUAGCGCGCCUGUGGCAUCGGUUGUGAUACGGACGCGUUCGGUAUGCUCGUCGGUGUGGACACAUAUUCACCGUGGUAUCGCAAUCGCACGUUAGGGAGCAAUCGCGCGGGUCUGGUUGAUGCAUGCCGCGUACCCGGAAGUGCCUGAAGCCUGGAGGAUUAGCCACCGAUCGCGGUGUGUUUGUGUACCGAGGUGUAGUUUCCGAUGAUUAGUGGCUCUGACUCUCACUACCUACUACCUACUACUACUGCACUACACUCUAGUGUGAUGCGAUGCAGUGUGAUGAUCAAGUGGUGAUCAUCAAGCUUUUGAUCAAGUGUGUGACGGCACUCCAAGGCCAACAGGCGUAGCGAAAGCGUAGCGUCGGCAGCAAAAUAGGCAGAAUUGACGCGUUAACUGGUGCUGAUUGGUGGUGGUGGGUGCACGCUGUUACCGUAUCAUUUCUCGGUUCGAGAACUUUCAUCACAACGGCAGGUAGGCAGGCUAGCAGCCGAAAGAAGCGACCGCCGCCAGUGCGCCAGAGACCGCGCACAAAACAACGAAGGGCAGCGAGAAACAGCUGCUGCUCGAACAGAAACUACGGCGUUCCCGUAGUGGUGUUCGGUCGUGUGUGGCUGUGGCUGUGACGAUCAUUACGCACGCAUCCUUUCCUCUUACAUGAUUGACAGUCGGCGGGGGCAUUGUCCCAAAGCCGCAGCAUCAGAACAGCAGCAGCAGAAGCAGCAGCAGAAGCAGAACCAACAGAAGGACCAUAGUAAACUCUUUCGUCCCGCUCCCGGGAGAACUAGACUGAGACUACGAGUGCCACCAUCACCACCGCCACCCUGGUCGGUCAAGAUUUGGCAAGAUAGCAGCAGCGCAAUCAGUGUGCGGCAGAAGACGAUCGGACAGACAUUCUUCAAGGAGAGCGUUACAUGAAACGAUAGCCUGACAACGUCCCACUGGAGCUCUCAGUACAGAUCCUCGCAAAUUGAGGACAACAAAAAAAAAUAGACAGCCCGCUGGUGCGGCUCGUUCCAACCUCUAUGGAGUUUCGGCUAGACAGCGCAGAAUACUGCCAGGCACAACACAAAUAAGCGAAUCGCUGCACCCCGGGCGCUACCUCUGCCAUCACCACUCUUACUCAACCCACACACCCUGUGCUGCUUCUCUCCGUGUGAGCUUCCACCGGCGAGGGUUGCGAGGAAUAUUCGCAGAGUGCAGAAAGCGCAAAUCGUGUGGUGGAUCGUGGAAGGAGCAGCAGCAGCAGCAGCAGCAGCAAAAGGCAGCAGCCGGCGGCCAGCGUGUGUGUGAGUAAGCGACGAGAGUGUUGCCGCAGAGAGUGUCCCGCAAGAUUGCGGCAGUGUAGUCAAACCCGCCCCCGCCGCCCCACAUUCACCAUUGAUCCUUCGUAGUAGCGAGAUCGUUAAGAUCAGCCCCGGCGAGUGUGCUUUCGAAUGAGAAGCCCCGAGCUCUGGCGCGUAUAUUGGAGAAGAAAGUGCUGUAUGUAGAGAGUAAGAGAGAGGAAGAGAAAGCGAAAGAGUGGACGGGAGUGCAGCAGAAGAGGGGGAGGACAUGCGAAUGCUUUUGCCGUAGCCCGAUCAUCAAGUAGCAGCAGAGCCGCCAACCAUCGGCAACGCCGUUGUGCCGUUGUCGUUAUCGUCGUUAGCAUCAUCAGCGUUGUCAUCCUAGUCGCAUCCGGGUGAAGUAGACGCGAAAGGAAGCAGUGAUCAUCGAAGCGUAAAAUCCAUUCUUCAGCCGUAAUUGUAUUGCAAUCACCGACACACCUCCGCACACACACACCACCCAUACACCUGUUUGUUGAAGAACUGCUUUCGGCGUUGCAACUAAUAACAAUCCAUUGCGCGAACCCGCUAUCUGCAGAUAGUAUCGCUCCUCUGAAGUCCAUUGAAACCAAUUUGCCUAGCAAAAAAAAAGAGAUCUUCCUAUACAAACGGGGGCCGGGCUGAAGCUGAAGAGGCCUGUGACUUAUUUAUCAACACUUUCAUCAUCGCCGCUUACCGAUCUAUCACUCCCUUUCUGAAGCGAAUCGUGUGACGAAUUGAAACAAGCGAACACACACACGAUAAACCCUCUCGACAGCUGAGCUUUAAUAAUCCCAUCGUUCGUACACUUUGUGCGCUGUGGCCUUUCCUUUCGUUUCGUUCGGAUCGUCGUCAUAGCAUAAGUGUGUAGACCCGUGUACUCUUCGACAAUUGCAAGUUAAACUCGGCGGCAGAAAAUUGAGACUGAUUGUAAAAUAGAUCUAAUUAAAAUAAUAUACAGAGGCAAAAAAGAAACCAUCAUACACGGUGCAACAGUGUCCUGGGAUAAUCAAGCGUUCUGAGCGUCGUCUGCUGAUGGUGAGACGUGCCGGUAUCUUGGCCUGCACGGAUCUUACGAGACACGCAUUAUUGGAAACGUAAUCUCCGUUGGGGGCGGGCCGGUAAAGGAGAAACAACUCACAGCAACAAAUCGUUCCACCGAAUUUUCGAUCAACAUAGCAAAGGGAAUAGAUUUGAGCGUAGAGUAUACUCGUAUCAACAGCUGGCGAGCAGCCCCUGUAGGACUGGAUUUCUGCAGGAUUUAAUCGCUGCUUGGAACGUGAAAAAAAAACAUUUUUAGAUGAGUGUUUCGUCCUUUACGGUUUAGCGAUAAAAGAUAAAUCUAGCUGUUUUUAUUGUCAUCAACGAGAAAAGAAGAAAAGCAAACUACAUUAACAGCCUAGUGCCGUGAUAGCACCACUUCUAAGAUCACCAUUAGGCUUUCUCACAACCAUUAAACAUAGUUUAGUUUAGAAAAGGGCGUGCGUUUUAAACAAGGUACGCAAACGGCAUUGUAGACAGACGUGUUAAGAGUCUGCAUUAUUUUUGUUACAUAUUUUAAAUCGAACAUUGAGCAAAUUCAAGGUAACCGCAAAUAAGUAAAAAUUCUGAAGAAAUUGUUUAAAAAAUCCCUAGAAUUGUAUUGAAUGAAAGAGUACGGAGCAACGGAUAAGGGAUAACAAAUUGCUUUGGCUGCACGAUUUUCUCUUCCCUAUCUACUUGACUCUAAGUUUUGAGUUUGAGUGUAAAAGAUAGCUAUUGUUGUUUGGAUCAACGCGACCAAACGUACCAAGCGCCGACAAACAACUGAAAACCAACUGUUUCCACAUAAACGUUCUUCUUUCGGAGUACUACAACAGUGCAGGUUGUUUGGUGGGUUGUUUUGUGAUAUAAGUGUUUGGAAGAUUUCUGUAAAACGUGAGAAAAGCCAACCCAAUUUUGUGCAACGGUGGUGGUGGUAUUUUGUGUGAUAAGGCCGCAUUAAUACAGCAACGACUUGCUGCGAGCCAGAAAAAAGGAAUUCAUAAUUGACUGAUCAAGAGGAAAGCUAAACAAACUGCUUCUAUUCGUGCGCGUCCAACCAGUUGUUAGCAAGGGGUCGCAAAAGCAUCCUACUGAACCCCGCCGGUGGCGAAAGUCGAUUGACUUUUUGUUUUUUUUUUUGGAACUCGUGAAGGAUUUUUAUGACAACCCUCAUCAUGCGUCAAAAAGAUAUCCGACCAGCUCCGGCCAGGAUAGAGUUUAAGGGAAUGAAAUUCCUGAUAACCGAUCGCCCGUCGGAUCUGAGCAUAGUCCCUUAUAUUACUGAAUUGAAGAAACACAAUGUCUCGGUCGUUGUUCGGGUUUGUGAGCCCAGCUAUAAGAUUGAGGAACUGGCAAAACAUGGCAUCAUCGUGCGAGAUCUAGCGUUCGAAGAUGGCACCUUCCCGCCGAACGAGAUCGUGAUGGAAUGGUUCGAAAUUCUAAAGCAGAACUUUCUGUACAGGUUCCAGGAAGAUCCGGAGGCGUGCGUAGCGGUUCACUGUGUAGCAGGUCUCGGCCGAGCACCGGUUUUGGUGGCGCUCGCAUUGAUUGAGUUAGGACUUAAGUACGAGGCAGCUGUAGAAUUGAUAAGAGACAAACGAAGGGGUGCUAUUAAUGCCAAACAAUUAUCAUACCUAGAAAAGUAUAAGCCCAAGUCACGGUUAAAGCACAAAAAUGGUCAUAAAAAUUCGUGCUGCGUGCAAUAAAACUAUCAAAAUUCCCACCAGUUAAAGUGUUCAUUUUAAGCAAGAGACAACUAAUGAAAACGACAUUUAUAACCAACCAUUGAGUUAUCAACGGCAAUAGAUCGAUAGCCAAUAGCACGACAGCAACACGCAAGUGUCAGCUCAAUGCAAUGAUCGGUUCGAGUGAUCGGUCCUAAAGGAUAUCAAAUUUGAUCGAAGAAGACCGUCGGAGCAGCAUCCCUUCUCGUUCCACAGUUGCCACUGCUAAUGGCGAAAAGUUACUUGAGCACAUGAUGCGUUCCUCAAGCGUGAUUGAAUAUAGAGAUAUAUCCUCAGUUUUAAUGAUGGAUCGCUGAGCCCCGGAACACUAGGAACAAUAUGCGCAUGCACCGUAGGUAUCAAAACGAUCCGUCUGUGUCGGUGUUUUGUUUUACAAAUGUUCGCUACGAGUUUUAUUGUAUUUAUGUUCUACGUAUUGGAUCAAGCUUUAUUUAAUUUUUUAAUAAGUUGAAGGCUAUUAAGAAAAAAAAGAAAAGCAAACUGAAAAUGGUGGUUCGAUUGGGUUUGAUUAGCACAUUCCGCCGCUUUGCUUCGAUCAUCUUUGUGACCGUUCGGAACCGUUCUGAGCAAAGAGCAAUAGUUCACAAUGCUAUGGAAUAGGCGUACAAUAAGAAAAUAACAAGAAACCAUUACAAAAUAGCGCGGGCAACGGAGCGAUGAACAUCGUUCCAUCCCUAUCUUAAUUUCCCGUGCCGAAUUGGCGCAACAAAGCUACUUCGGCAACAGGUGAGCAAGAUGAUUCUUAUUUAUGGCCCACUUAAUGUUCACUAGCAAGACGAUUGUGUAGCACUAUAUAACAAGCAAAUGUUUGAAGCAGCUUUAAUAAGCUUAACUUGAUCAUACUUCAUGUCAAAUCAAUGCCCUUCGGUUCCACUUUUAAUCUGUCCUUUGCUGUAGGAGGUACUACGUGAUAUUCUUUUCGCUAAAGUAAACAAAUAGUACAUUGCUGCAGGUUUGUCUUACACUUUAUGCUAGGUAUUCCUUCUUAGGUAUGCUACCGAGUUAUGGAAUAAAGCGAUAAUUGAGUUGAUUAACAUCUUUCACGAUCACAAAACCAAACGAUGUGACACUAUUUACCUAGGUAUGAACUGCUAGCGUGCAUCAGAUUCCAAAGUCGUCACAGGCGUUUGCAGCUAGCUCUUUAUCCUUACCCAAGACAGAAUGGCUGGACGAAUGAGAAUCGAUCCUAAAACCGUGCAAGCCGAAUGAAGGUCUAAAAAGGUCUGCCUUUGCGCUUAACCCAGUGCUUACCCUAGUACAUCAGCAAUAAAACCAAACACAUCAGUCAGAUACUGCUUACGAAUUUUACUCUGUUCCGACAGUAUCGUGCAAUACUUAGGAUAACGUAAUAGGUAAUUAACGAAACCACACACAAUAUCUGUGAAUCUGUGAUCGCAAACGACCAUUUAAACACUGCACUCAGCUUUGCUUUGCGUGGGCAAAUGCAGCGAGCUUCUUCUAAAUAGUACGACCAUCAAAAUGCAUGGCUAUCACACAUCGACAGAGGUCAUCUGACGUAGAUCAAUGCAUAGCAAUCAUUCCAUAGAUAAUCCACGCAGAUUAUGCGUAAAUGCAGCCUGCAGGCACAUCAUGCUGGUCCAUUGUGUUCUCUAGGGCGCAGUUUCGAGUAGCAUUAAUUAUUUAUUUGCUCCAAACACUCAAUCCCAUUCAGCCAAAGCGCACCCCCCCAGGAAAGCCGUAACGCACUUCUGAAAGCCAUUCUGAAGAGUGAGAUACACCGAAGAUACGUUCUUACACCUGUGACGAUUUAGGGGUAACAUUGACUUUCUGCAAAGGAAUGAGCCAUCAAUUGUGAUUCCAAGAGGUACUGAGAGCGCUGUUCUUGCGACAAAAUUAUUUUCACAUGCCACAUAUGCUCAGUGCGCAAGUAGAUUCCAUUACACUUCGCAGGCAGGGCGCAAAACCAGCAGCCGUCUGGUCAGCACGCGGUGACUCAGGUUAACUCAUGUUGGCAUCUAACUAUCUAUCAAUCGAAAAACACUCGACACAACAUAGCGAAUCGAUUUCGUGCCCAAAACGGCCAAUAGUUUUCUGUAGGGUUACGUGAAUGUGUGACUUGGUAGUAUUUGAAAUGAAGGUACAUAGAACAGUUUUUUUAGGAGAAGUGUGAGAUGAAUCAUAUCAUAGACGAUUACAUUUGAUUGAGUUCCAGCAAGGUGCAUCAAGGGAUUAACAAGCUUCCUUUUUGUGCGAUUCUUCUCUUAACAGAAUACAUGUCGAUUCAUUCAUGUAGAAGACCAAUGAAAAAGUUUCGUUUGUGAAAUUAGGUUUAAUGUUUUUUUUAUCAAUCGAACAUUUUUCCAAUGACCAGUGCUCUCACACUCAAGAAAGGCCUGUGGGGUGGGGAAACGGCAUAUGCGAGUUCAGUACGUUGUAAUGCCAACCGAAAUACAAAUGAAACACAGCUGUAGACAAAUGACGAAGGAUAUACUUAUCUGUUCAUGAACUUCAAUCAUCGUACGCAACCACUGCUGAGACUGGUUGGAGGCGGCAUUAACAUAGCUCCAUAAACAUAACUUAAAACAUAUGUGCAUUACUGCGCGCAAUCAGGCAAACGUGAACACAUAAAAUUCUAUUAGCUAAUGGUGGUGAACACUAAACCCUAGCAAAGUGACGAAGAAUGGGUGCGAAACUACGAAGUAUAGGUAUAUAUACACCCAAAUAUAUCUAGAUAUAUAUACAUACUACAUGUAGCUAAGUCGUAGAAGUGAUGGUGGUAAUAAAAAUCGCAAC